CUAUAUUAAUCUAUGUCAUAACCUCACUUUCGUCAUGCCACGAAGAAAAGUGGCUUUUGUUCACCCCGAUCUGGGUAUCGGGGGCGCCGAAAGGCUGGUCUUGGACGUAGCCGGCGCCCUAGCAAGCCAAGGAGACGAAGUCAUCUUCUUAACCAACCACUUCGACAAAAGCCAUGCCUUCGAAGAACUGAAAAGGGGCGACUUCCCCGUGUACGUGUACGGCGACUGGAUACCGAGGAGCGUCUUCGGGAGAUUCCAAGCCUUCUGUGCCUACAUUCGCAUGACUUACCUAGUCUUCGUCUACGCCUUGUUUUAUCGUGGUGAACAAAAACCGCAUUUAUACUUCGUGGACUUAAUUCCAGUAGCAGUACCAAUUCUCAAAUUAUUCAAAGAAAAAGUGAUCUAUUACUGUCACCAUCCGGAUCUCCUAGCUAGCAGUCCAGGGGGCACUUUGAAGAAAAUCUACCGAAAACCGAUCGACUGGGUGGAGCUAAAAUCGACCAAAAAAGCCGAUAUUGUGUUGGUGAAUAGUGAAUACACAGCUAGCGUUUUUAGACAGACUUUCCCCGAAAUCGACAAACCGAUUCAAGUGGUGUACCCAACUGUAGCUUAUUCGUACCUAGAGGCGGUCAAAAAAGUGACAAAUCCACGCCCGAUGGUCGAAAUCGUCCCGAAACUACCAUCAAACGCGAGCUGCGUUUUUCUGUCAAUUAAUCGGUUCCAUCCGGCGAAACAACUGGAGCUCGCGGUGCUCGGUAUGGACAGGUUGCGCCAGAUUACAUCACCGGAUGAAUGGAAAGGCAUUUAUUUAAUAGUAGCCGGGGGCUACGACCCCCAAUCCCGAAUCAACGCCACAUACUUAAACGAGCUCCUACACCUCACUCGUGAGUGCAAACUAGAAGACAAAAUUGUGUUUCUGAAGUCCCCCAACGACGAUUUAAAAACAGAGCUACUCAUAGCUUGUGACUGCUUGAUUUAUACACCCACAAAGGAGCACUUCGGGAUUGUGCCCCUGGAAGCUAUGACGGUGUCAAAGCCAGUGAUUGCGUGCAACAGCGGCGGCCCGCGAGAAACCGUAGACCAUGGCAACACGGGGUACUUGUGCGAACCCACCCCCGAAAGCAUGGCGCGCUUCAUGUACAAGAUAUACAAAACCGACACUAAAGAAAUGGGGCUCAAAGGGAAGGAGAUCUUGGAAAAAAAAUUCUCCAAUGAGAGUUUCGCCAAAAACUUGACACAGAUUAUAGACAGCAUCAAUAAAAAACAAAUUUAAUAAUGUUAACCUAUGUUACUACGUAAAUAAACCAAUUUUACUUCGUC